AUGCCAGACCUACCCACGAUAACGCUCGACACGACGCUCGCCGACCUCUACCGGCGGGCGUGUCCCAAGAACGCCGACAAGCGCAUCGCCCAGGUGCUCUGCGGCAUCAACUCGUGCGCCGAACUCAGCGCAAACGUCCCCCGUAACGCCAAAUAUCUGUACCAAGACACCCCCUUCAACACCGUGCCGCCGGACGAGUCCUGCAGCAGGCCCGAGGACGAGAAGCAGCAGCAGCAGCUCGCCGUCAAGUACCUCUCGCUCAUCCCCCAGCGCGACGCCUUCAUCAGCGGCGACACCGCCGUCGUGCUCUUCCACAUCAACGAGACGGCCAAGCAGAAGGCGCACGACAGGCGCGAGGCCGAGAGGACCAUCUCCGUGCUCGCCGAGGCGCAGCGGCCCGACCUCGUCUUCUGCGCCGGCCCGUCAGCGAUACCCGUCGAGGAGGCGGGCAUCGACGUGAUCGCGUACAAGCUCAUGCUCGACGGCCUCGAGAGCUACGACAACCUCAUCGUCCCGCCCGACACGCACUGGUUCCUCAACUCCAAGGCCGCGCUCGCGCGCUCCGGCCUCCCCACGCCCAAGGCCACGAUCGUCGAGGUCGACGGCCUCGCGGACGAGGCCCGGCGGUGCUGCGCGCCGUGCGCCGGCGGCGACGCCGCCGAGUUCGUCAUCCCGCGCGCGUGCGCGGGGUCCCGGGGGAAGUGGUUCGAGGCGCAGCGGGAGAGGAUCCUCGCCACGCUCGCCUCGCACCCGCUGCCCUUCGUGCUCAAGAACCAGCAGAGCUUCGGCGGCGCGGGCACGUACGUGGUGGGCACCGAGGAGGAGCGCGACAGGCUGGUCGCCGACUUCCGCGGGGGCCUCCUGCGGAGGCUGCUGUCCUCGGUGACCGAGGCCAACGCGCACCUCCGGCCGGCGGCCCUGGUGCUAUCGGACCUCGUGGAGGACCCCGUCGGCGACUACGGCCUGACCUUCUUCGUCACGGACGACGGCGGCGACCCCAUCUUCCUGGCGGCCUCGGAGCAGUUGACGGACGACGCCAAGGCCUGGAUCGGGAGCACCAUCAACUACGGGCGCCAGGAUGAGCUGAAGAGGAAGUUCGGCCCGCUGGUCAAGAAGAUCGCCGCCUGGUUGCGAAGCCACAACUACCUGGGGCCUGCGGGGGCCGAUGUCCUCGAGACCGCGCCCUCGAAAGACGCGAAGCCGGAGACAAACGGCCACACGACCAACGGACAGAAGACGAACGGUCAGAAGACGAAUGGUCAUCAGACGAACGGCUACGCCGACCCCGGAGAAGACUUCUCCCAUUUCCACGUCGUCGACCUCAACAUCAGGACCUCGGGCUCCCUCUGCCUGCCCCUCCUCCGUCACCACUUCACCAGCCGCGGGCUGAUGAGCGGGUCCUCCUUCUCCAUCAGCUGCAGACUGGGCCGCGACGACUUCAUCGCCUCGUUCCGCGACGACUUCGCCGCCGGCCGCAUGUGCAUCGUCAGCUGGUACGAAGACCCCGUCACGGGCGUCAGCCUCGCCGACGUGGCGGUCGGGGCCGAGGACGAACGCGGGCUGGGGAGGGCGAUGCAGCGGGUGAGGGCCGCCACCGAGGAAGUCAUUUUCUGA